AUGGACCUCGUCAACCACCUUUCAGACCGGCUCCUCUUCGCGGUGCCCAAAAAAGGACGUCUGCAGGCCGCGACUCUCGAUCUCCUGGCUGGAUCAGACAUCCAAUUUCGGAGAGAAACCAGACUCGACAUCGCCCUGGUGAAGAAUCAUCCGCUGGCACUUAUUUUCUUACCUGCCGCGGACAUUCCCACGUUCGUGGGCGAAGGACGAGUCGACCUUGGAAUCACGGGACGGGAUCAAGUUGCAGAGCAUGACGCCCAUCUUGCGCUAGGUGAGCAAUCCGGAGUGGAGGAAAUCAUGGACCUGGGAUUUGGCAGAUGUAGACUGCAGGUCCAGGUGCCCGAGAAAGGUCCCAUCCAGGAUGUCAAGGACCUGGUCGGCAAGAACAUCGUGACGAGUUUUACAGGUCUUGCCGAAGACUACUUUGCACGCUUAGAAGGUAUGGGCGGCCGAAAGGAGAGCAUAAAUGGCACAGCUAGCCCGAUCCCAAAGCUGAAGACGAAGAUCAAAUUCGUGGGCGGCAGUGUGGAAGCAGCUUGCGCCCUGGGCGUGGCAGACGGAAUCGUCGACCUGGUCGAGUCCGGGGAGACGAUGCGAGCAGCAGGCCUCAAAGCCAUCGAGACGGUGGUCGAGAGCACGGCCGUCUUGAUCAAGUCGAAAUCCGUCUCGAACGAAGAACUUGUCAACAAGAUCGCCGCCCGGAUACGAGGGGUUAUCACUGCACAGAAAUACAUCUUGUGUCAGUAUAAUGUGCCACGAGCCAAAUUGGCGGAAGCCACCAAGAUUACCCCAGGCAAGCGGGCUCCUACGAUAACGGCGUUGGAGGAACCGGACUGGGUGGCCGUGAGUGCCAUGGUCGAAAAGCAGCGUAUUGCGACAGUCAUGGAUGAGUUGACAGGGGUGGGUGCGACGGAUAUUUUGGUCUUGGACAUUGCAAAUUCUCGAACGGGUUGA